AUGGAUAUGUCGACCGUCAAAAUUAUCCUGGCUCUCGCGGCGACGUGGGGAGUAGGAGCAAAGCAUGGCGAUAUACUAAACGCCUACGUGAAGGCAGACAAAGAGGCCGAUCUGGAAAUCCUCCUGCAAGUGCCCAAGAGAAUGGACGUGAGCGGCGACACUGUCAAGGAAUUGGAAGCAACGAACGUGAGCGAGCUUGCGUUGCAACUUCGUAAGAGCUUGUACGUACUCAAACAGGCCGGCCGACUGUGGAGCCAAUUGCUCCACACUCGCCUUCUCGACGCCGGUUUCCAGCAGUGCGAGUUAGACAUGUGUCUGUACUGGAAGCAAGAUGGAAGCGAUCUCGUGGUGGUAGGGGUCUACGUUGAUGACCUACUUGAAACCGGUACGUACGCGGCAGCGGUUAAUCGUUUCUUUACGAGUCUUGCCAUGUCCAUUAAGGACCUAGGUCCCGUGAACAAUUUUUUGGGGAUGCGAGUAGCGGUCGACGACGACGGCAGCUACGUGAUCGACCAAGAAGGCGCCAUAAGUGACCUCCUGAGAGAGCAUGGACUCGACGACGCGAACUCAACACGCAAUCUCAUUGGCGCGAACUGCUACGAAGUCCCAACGACAGAUAGCGCGCUGCUGAUCUCCGAAGAAGGUGGGAGCCCUAGCAUCCGGAGCUUCCAGUCGCUCGUUGGCAGCCUACUGUGGGUGGCGCGCUGA